AUGGACACUGUGCGAGCUAUAGGAAGGGGAGAAGCCAUACGAGACACAUCUUAUCCGCUCUCAACCUCCCAAAGCCAUUUCCAUCCAGAACACCAUCUCAGUCCUAGGAAACCCAUGUGGGACAUAUCUGAGGAGGCUUCACUUUGGACAUUACUUGACAAUCCAGAUCCAAAAGUGGAGAUGGUCCACCGAGUUCUCUGGGCCCUGGUCCUAUUUUAUCUAGUCCCAGUCACCGGCGGAGGCGGAUGUGACCUAAUCUCAGCCUCGAAACUGGAGGGGAUGAGCCAACCCGGAGAUAUCAUGCUGGGGGCCCUCAUACCGCUUCACUUGGACAGAAUUUAUCAAAAAGUUUCCUUUGACAAGAGACCUUCAAAGACUAUGUGCACCAUGUUUCACCUGGAGAGUUAUCAGCAGAUCCAGGCCCUGCUCUUCGCUGUCGAGGAGAUUAAUAACAAUCCCAGUAUUCUCCCCAAUAUAACCCUGGGCUACCAUGUCUACGAUUCCUGUAACGUUCUUCAAUACGAUCUAGAAGGAGCCUUACAAGUAUUGACAGGAUCCGGAAGAGUUACCCCAAACUACCGCUGUCUAUUGGAUGUUCCUCUCGGUGGUGUCAUAGGAGCUGCAGUCUCCUCUAAUUCACUUCUAUUGGCUCAUAUUCUCGGGCUCUUCAGGUAUCCACAGGUCAGCCAUUUCUCAACAAGCCGUCUUCUGAGUGACAGGAACAAGUUCCCCUCCUUCUUCAGGACUGUACCCAGUGAUGCAUUUCAGUCACAAGGCCUUGCUAAUCUAGUGCUGCAUUUUGGUUGGACUUGGGUGGGACUGGUGGCUGUUGACAAUGACUACGGUCAUCAGGGAAUACAGCUGGUCAUUCAGGACAUAGUGAAGGCUGGUGCUUGCGUUGCAUUCACUGCAUAUAUCCUGGGAAGCAAACCGGACCGCAACGCUCCACACAUUGUAAAAGUCAUGAAGGAGUCCACCGUGAGGGUGGUCAUUGUCUUCUCUACUGAACUUGACUUUAUCCCGGUUGCGGACGAGAUAUUGAGGCAAAAUCUCAGAGGGAAAAUAUUUGUUGCCAGUGAAGGUUGGUCAACGUCCUUCUUAUACUCCAUGGAAAAAUUUGCUCCAUUCUUUUCAGGCACCAUUGGUUUAGCCCUCUACAGUGGAAUCAUUCCAGGAUAUGAACACUUCCUACACAAGGUCCAACCUUUUGACGAUUCACAAACCUGGAAAAAGAUCUUUUGGGAAGUAGUUUUCAACUGUACAUUUUUGGAUAUUGGAAAUAGAACAAAAACUGUAAGACAAUGCACAGGAACAGAAAGUCUAACAAGUUUCCAAAAUAGUUACAUUGACGUCUCAAACCUCAGGACAACGUACAACGUCUACACUGCAGUUUAUACUUUUGCUAAUGCUUUAAUGGAUCUCCAGACUUGUAACAAGGGAAAUGGGCCAUUUAUCAAUAAAAGCUGUGCUGAUAUUCUGGAUUUCAAGCCAUGGCAGCUCCUGUAUUAUAUGAAGAAGGCGAGAGUGACGUUGAGUAAUGGAAAAGAAUUUUACUUUGAUGAGAAUGGAGACGCUCCCGCCAUCUAUGACAUUGUAAACUGGCAGCUGAGGCCAGAAGGCACCAUACAACCUGCAAAAAUUGGAAGUUAUGACUCCACAACUUCUAACGGGAUCUUCACAAUAAAAACUGGAGCUAUCCUAUGGGACAACGGAGAAACACAGGUCCCUCAGUCUGUUUGCAGUAAGGCUUGUCCUUUAGGAUACUGGAAAGCUACCAAUUCGAGAGAACCAGUCUGUUGUUUCCAAUGUGUCCCUUGUCCACUGGGUGAAGUCUCCAACCAGACAGAUGCUCUCGGGUGCUUCAAAUGUCCAUGGGACAAGUGGCCAGAUCUUCAGAAAACCAAAUGUGUCCAAAAAACUGAAGAUUACCUCUCCUAUGAGGAGCCCUUAGGGACAACCUUGGCUGUCAUUAACAUCCUGUCUUCUCUGGGUCCUUACCUUAUUUUGCGGAUUCUAACACUGAAUAGGUCGAGUGCCCUGGUGAAGGCCAGUAACUACUCUGUAAGUUGUCUUCUUCUAGGAUCCCUCUCAUUGUGCUUCCUUUGCUCUCUCUUUUUUAUUGGCUACCCCAAGCCCGAGAAAUGUCUCCUGAGGCAGGCUGCGUUUGGUAUGGCCUUUGUUCUCUGUGUAUCCUGCAUCUUGGCUAAAACUAUUAUUGUGCUGUUCGCAUUCAUGGCCAUAAAACCAAGAAGUAACAUGAAGAAAUGGACCAACACUCGAGUUUCUUACGUUAUAAUAUCUACCUGCUUCCUAUUUCAGUUCCUCCUCUGCAUUAGCUGGCUUUCUCUUAGACCGCCCUUCAUGGAGAACAAUAUUCACACCAACCCAUCACUCAUUAUUGUUGAGUGUAAUGAAGGAUCGCCCAUCGCUUUCUGGUCUAUGUUGGGAUACUUGUUCAUCUUGGCUUCAAUAAGCUUCUUGGUGGCUUUCCUGGUCAGGAGGCUUCCCAACAGCUUCAAUGAGGCCCAGUAUAUAACAUUCAGCAUGUUGGCUUUUCUUUGUGUGUGGGUGUCCUUCAUUCCUGCCACCCUCAGUGCCCAGGGAAAGUAUACAGUGGCUAUGGAAAUUUUUGCUAUCAUGGCCUCCAGCUGGGCUAUCUUAAUAUGUAUGUUUCUACCAAAAUGUUUUAUUAUAGUGUUCAGACCUGAUAGGAAUUCUAAAGACUAUGUGAUGCAAGGACACAGAUAUCCUGCGGUCAAAGCCUGGAGAAUGUGA